GCGCAGACGCACUGCGAGUGGGGGUGAGCAGCAGCACCGAUAGAUCUGAGCAGAGACAGCAGGGCGUUUCUGAAUUAUAUAGCGGUGGUCGAGAACAGGGGAGGGGACGACUGUACGCUAAACAUGGAAACUGGAGUAGUACAUUAAAUGUCUAAGUAGUUGUCUUUUAGAGGAAUCACCCAGCAAGGGUUUUUCAGCUGCUGGCGGGACUGAAACUCCUGCACUCCUGUCGGCAUCAGCUGUCCAGAGGAGAAAAUACCAAUAGAUUUGUAGCCCACUGGGACAAGAGCUGCCAUCACUGUGAGGACCAGAGCCUUUAAAGCUUAUUCAUUCAGAGAUUGUUGUUGCUUUGGAUGCAACCAUCUACAUCAAAACCACAAGUACCGCAACCAAGCAGCGGCCUGCUCUCGUCAAUGUUUAAUAGCUUCUUAAUGGCUUCUGAUGUUUCAUUCUGAUUUAUAGCUGAGGCUUGAAGCCAUUACCGUCUUAUAUCCGAUUUACAUCAAAACUGCCGCAGUGCUUUACAUCAAAACAGUAGCUACAGUAGCUGCAAUAGGUCACAGUUUGCCUCAUUAAUUAUUGACACAUUUUGACAUCGUAUUGUAGUUCCACACUUUCAGCAGACAUUGCUAACUCCGUAAGCUGAGGAUGGAGGAGCGCAUUUAUGCUACAGGGAUGGCCGCCAAGCUCAGGAGCCAGUGGGAUCGCAAUGAAGGUCUGGGACAAAACCACAAGGCCGUGAAGUUUCUGGGGCAGGACUAUGAGCAUCUGAGAGCCCAGUGCCUCCAGAGUGGGAGGCUUUUCGAGGACAGUUUGUUCCCUUGUGCCGAGUCGUCUCUGGGAUUCAAGGAGCUCGGCCCGAGAUCCUCCAAGACCCAAGGAGUCCACUGGAUGAGGCCCACGGACUUCUGCAAGCGCCCCGAGUUCAUCGUGGACGGAGCUACUCGCACAGACAUCUGUCAGGGAGCGCUCGGAGACUGCUGGUUGCUGGCAGCCAUCGCCUCGCUCACCUUGAACGACAACCUCCUCCACAGAGUGGUCCCUCACGGUCAGAGCUUCGGGCAGGGAUACGCUGGCAUCUUUCACUUCCAGUUCUGGCAGUUUGGCGAGUGGGUGGAGGUGGUGAUCGACGACCGGCUGCCGGUGAAGGAUGGGAAGCUGCUGUUUGUCCACUCGGUGGAGGGGACGGAGUUCUGGAGCGCACUGCUGGAAAAGGCCUACGCUAAGUUGAAUGGCUGUUAUGAGGCUCUGUCAGGCGGCAGCACGUCAGAGGGCUUUGAGGACUUCACAGGCGGCGUGACGGAGAUGUACGAGCUGAGAAAAGCCCCCUCCGACCUCUACAGCAUCAUCAGCAGGGCCAUAGAGAGGGGGUCACUGCUGGGCUGCUCCAUAGACAUCACCAGCUCAUUAGACAUGGAGGCUGUCACAUUCAAGAAGCUGGUGAAGGGACACGCCUACUCUGUGACCGCAGUGGAUGAGGUGGUGUACAGAGGAAAUCUGACCAAGCUGGUUCGCAUCAGGAACCCCUGGGGGGAAGUGGAAUGGACUGGAGCCUGGAGCGACAACUCCAGAGAGUGGGACAAUGUCGAUCGGUCCGUCAGAAGUCGGCUACAAAACCGCAGCGAGGACGGUGAAUUCUGGAUGUCGUUCAGUGACUUCCUGCGCGAGUUCAGCCGUCUGGAGAUCUGCAACCUGACGGCUGAUGCCCUGCAGAACAGCCAGCUGAAGAAAUGGAGCUCCUCGCUCUAUCAGGGAGAGUGGAGGAGAGGCAGCACCGCUGGAGGCUGCAGGAACUACCCAGCGACCUUUUGGCUCAACCCUCAGUUCAAGCUUGUGCUGCAGCACCCGGACAGUCCCGGCCAAUCAGACUGCAGCUUCCUGGUUGGCCUCAUGCAGAAGGACCGCAGAAAGCAACGGCGGGAGGGCAAAGACAUGGAGACCAUCGGGUUUGCCGUCUAUGAGGUUCCACGGGAGCUGGCGGGCAGGUCGGGGAUCCACCUGAAGCGAGAGUUUUUCCUCACCCACGCCUCCAGCGCUCGCUCAGAGCUCUUCAUCAACCUGAGGGAGGUCAGCUCGCGGUUGCAACUGCCGGCCGGCGAAUACGUCAUCGUCCCCUCCACCUUCGAGCCGCACAAAGAGGCCGACUUUGUCCUCAGGGUGUUCUCGGAGAAGCCUGCCGACUCUGAGGAGCUCGAUGACAACAUAACAGCAAAUCUUCCAACAGAGGUUCGGCUGGAUGAGAGCCAGAUCGACUCGGGCUUCAAGAGUCUCUUCAGGCAGCUGGCGGGGCCGGACAUGGAGAUCAGUGUGGUAGAGCUGCAAACCAUAUUGAACAGGAUCAUCAGCAAACAUAAAGACCUGAAGACGGACGGCUUCACAAAAGAAGCUUGUCGCAGUAUGGUAAACCUGAUGGAUACGGACGGCAGUGGAAAGCUGGGAAUCACAGAGUUCCAUGUACUCUGGGAAAAGAUUAAACGAUACCUGACCAUUUUCAGGGAGUUUGACUUGGACAAAUCAGGCACCAUGAGCUCCUAUGAGAUGAGGAUGGCUCUCGAAUCUGCAGGCUUCAAGCUGACCAACAAUCUGUUCCAGCUGAUCAUCCUGCGCUACACGGAGGCCGACAUGACUGUCGACUUUGACAACUUUGUCACCUGUCUGGUCAGGCUGGAGACUAUGUACAAAACCUUUCACACCUUGGACACAGAUAAAGACAACAUCAUAAGCCUCAACUUCUUCCAGUGGAUUACCAUGACCAUGUUUGCCUAGAGAUGAGUGGACUCCUCUGUCACUGUUGCACGCCAUCCUGCUGCAGCCCAGUGUAUUGUUGUUUCAGAAGUGCCUUUUUUUCUGCUCCAGAUGUUCCUCUCCUCCAUGCUGUUCAGACCCCCCUGAUGCUAAAAGACUGUAAAUUCAUCUUUACAGUGCCUGUACUGGAAACAUGUAGCUUAGCAACAUAGCUUCCAUCUGCAGCAUUUCAUAAGACCAAACCUGACUUGCAGAGUCGAAGUGCUCCAUGUUAGCUGCACUCAUGUUGCCAAAGAGCCAAACAGCACUUCAGAAACAUGUUACUGCUGUCCACUCUAACUCAAACCAAUGUGAUUGUUUUUGUGCAUAUGAAUCUAGAUGUAUGACCAAAACUUCUACAUGCAAAUUUUGCUGCCUUUAGGGGGGGGCAACUAGGGGAUUUUAAAUCAUGUAGUGGUUUACUUUUUAAUGAUGUUUUUAUUGGGAAUUGGCAAUCACUGAUUUAGCUACUCUUUAUACUAAAAAAUGUGCUUUGCUGCAUAAAUUUGCAAAGGGAGAAUACUUUUUGACAGAUUUUUAAUUUUUUUAAAAAGGUGGCUCAACCUGCAAUAGUUUACUUACUUGAGGACAACAUGCUAAACGCUCCCCUGAGGGAUAAUUUCUGCAAACGUCUCGGGUGUUGAGCUUGCUGUCAGUUAUCACAGUCUCAGAGCUGCUGAGGGUGCCAAUUUGUUCUCCAGCCUGCUCCCAUGUUGCACAUUCAGCGCAUAUGAAUUGUGCCCAAAGUGGGUUUCUAAGCAGCCUUUGUGUGGACGUUGCCAGCUUUACAGCUUGUGCCAAACUUUGCUUUCACAUCAUCAUUAAGGGUCCACAGAUGAAGCUUUGCGGGGCCCAGUAGUGCAGAGACAAUGGUGUUGUGCUGUAUCGUAGAGAAUGUGUUGACUCAUAUUUCUUUAAAACUAAUCCUGUUUAGCUUUGAGAGGGUACCUGCUUAUCAUUAUGCAUGUGGGGGAAAAAGCUUUUAUUUCAUUGUUGAAACUGGAUGUCUUAGUGGUUUAAAAAGGGAUGUCCGCCUUGUUUAAUCUUGCCUUUCGAGGGGAACAAGAACACGUCAGUACUUUAGGUGAAGGUAAACAAUUAUGUAAGAAGGACGUAUAUGUUGUAUGCAUGCAGUGUGAUAUGUGAUGUUUUGUCUGCCUGGUCUGAUUCUGUUCAACUAGGGGAGCAAGUGUUUUAGUCGAAAAGUUUUUAAUGUCACGUUUGGCAAAAAAACAAAACAAAAAAAAGACUUGAAAGCCUUUAAGUGUAGAGGAUCUAGAUGUAACCUGCAAGUCUUUCAAAUACUGAAAUUGUUUGUUCUUACAGCUAUCUUCAUUUUUGUCUUUUUGUAAGUGGACGACUUUAAUUCAGAAAAUGUAAUCAAAAAGCAGCUGCCAAACCCAUGUAUUUAUGAUGCUCCAACAAUGCCAGCGUUCUUCUUCUCUUCAGGUUUUGCAGCGUAACGCUUAUAUAACAAUACCUACUGUUUACACAAGAAACAUUCUGGGUCCCUUUGGCCCCACUCAUCAUCUGAUACAUUGGUUCACUGCGUGGCGUCUCUGUAAAACUUCCAUACACGCUUUGAAAAUAAACUUGGGAAUGUUUUCAUGA